AUGCUUGUUUUGUUCAUUUUAUCCAAACAAUACUUCAAUCUAACCAAACAACUCACACAUAUUUGUUUUUCUUCCAGCUUCCUUCAAAGGCUCGUCGACAUGAAGUUUCGUCAGGAAGUGUAUGGUAAAGAAGAUCAAGAAGACUCGAACCUUCGCCCGGCGAUAAUAAAGCAUGCCGUGGAUUGCCCGAAAAGAAAGUCUCUGACCAAAGUGACAAACCAUUCUUCCAAGUGCAACCACUCGUCUUCUUCGAAAAAUCAUCAGCAAAGGUUGGCCUCAAAAGUCUCUCCAAACAAUAGCAAAUCAUCGAAACCAACAAAAUCAAAAACCAAAGAAAGAAUCCAUUUCUUUCCAGCACAAGAAGAAUCAACUUCCCAUAGCAGUUGUAUUCAUGAAGAAGAUUCACUUCGUAGAGUUACUGCUUACAACAGAUGCACCAAAAAGGAUCCACCGCGAUUUGUGUUGUCUGAUGAUGAGGACGAUGUUGUUGUUGAUCAGAAUGAGAAGAAUGAUGAUGAUGUCACUCCGUUGCUCUAUGAAAGAAUCAAAGGGCCAAAACCAACGCCAAGAGUUGCAAAAACCACUUCCUCAUCUACGUUGAAGCGUACAUAUUGGACACAACCUGGGCGAACGGAACAACUUUCGAAACCAAAAGAACAACCUAAAAGCAACAGGAAGCGUCAAAUGAUUACUGGGAUCAACAAAACUCCUCUCUCAUUCAUUGCUAAGAAGAUGAAGCGUUCGCCAGCAGGCCCCUUCUACACGGAUGGAGUGGAAUAUCGCCAACUUCAAGAUAAAAUGAAAGUGAAAAACGCUGAGACUUUGCCAAGCGACGACAACGAAUCUUCCAAAACGUUGGAUUACAGCAAAGAAGAGCUGAUGGGGAUAUUUCCACCAAGGGAAGGAGGAUUGAAAGUAAAAGUGGACAAUAAUAUUCUUGAAGUGAUUGGCAAUUUCGUCGAGGUCAAGCUUGAAGGCAAAGUGCUGUGGAAGGCUUCUAAUGAAGAAAGCAAUAAUUGAGGGAAGGACUUGAUAGGAUAAUAGGUUGUUGAUAUAUC